AUGGCAGGCUUACAGAUGAGGUCGGCCAUGGCCGCUCCUUUCUCGCUCACGGCAGCUUUCCGUGCCUUGACCGUCUCCACACCCAAGCGCGCUUUUUCAACAACAUCAGCAGCUCAAUCCGCACCCAAACUCCCCGAAGACGUCCCAUCCUAUCCCUAUGGCCCGCGACAGUGGUACAAGCAGGCCGACACAGGUCUGUACGGUGGUGCUAUGAUUCGAUUCGGCAACAAGAUCUCCAAGGGUCGCAAUGAAGGAAAAACACGACGAAGCUGGAAGCCCAACGUUCGCCGCAAGAAGAUCUGGAGUGAGGCUCUCCAACAACAUCUCUUCAUCAAAGUCACACGCCGAGCGUUGCGAACGAUCAUCAGUGAGGGUGGGUUGGAUAACUAUCUUCUCUCGGACCGACCAGCCCGUCUGAAGGAGCUUGGUGUGUUUGGAUGGCACCUACGAUACCAGGUCAUGCAAAGCCCAACGAUCAAAGAGCAGUUCCGGCAGCAACGGGAGAAGAUGGGUCUGCCAGAGCCCAUGACUUUGGAGGAGUGGCUGAAGUCCAAGGAGGACGAGAUCGAGGCCAAGGUUGAGGAGAGGCUAAACAUCAAGCCUAUCACCAAGCCUCGCCCUAAGGGCCAGGCUGACCCUCAAAACGAUCCUCGGAAAAUUGCGGCUGCUGAGGAGUUGCCUUGA